UAGCGAGUUAAUAAUCAGCUGUUUGUCAAAGCAGAGGCCGCCAUUCCUAUAUUUAUUUUGGUUAAAGAAUAUUUGUAUUAAAUAUCGGAUUAGAUAAUAUAUAAAAUGUUGCUUAAAAAAUUUCUCAUACAAGGUCAACAGCAAGUGCGUUACAUUUCAUCCGCGACGGCAGCUGUAACACGUUUACAUCGUUCGGUAUAUUGUCGCAGGUACCCUACAGUAGUGGUGCAGCCUGAUGGUUCUACAAUCAACAUUCGUUAUCAUGAGCCAAGAAAAAUCAUUAAGCUACCACUGGAUCUCAGCACAUUGAGCGAGGCAGAACGCAAAGCACGGUUGGAAGCUCGUAAACCGCGCAAGAAGGUCAAGAUUCUUGAAGAAGUAGAUGACACAUUCAAUGCAAAGAAAUACUUGAAAUAUAUGAAGAAAAAGUAGAGGUCAAAAUGUGUUUUCGUAAAAUGCCUUAAUAAUAAAUUUGUUUUUGUUUUAACAUAA